UGGGCUGCCGUUCUUCUCCAACCAGGAAGUGGCUCUUUCUGUUUCUGUUUACAGCUAGCACGAGUUCGAGUGGUCACUGGCCACAGCUAGUUCAGUUAAAAAUAAACAAGAUGAACGAAACACAGAACGGAGCGGCGUUUGAUGCCAUUACGGUGCACAAUUUCUCAGAGAAGAUUCUGGAGCAAGUCGUACACUUUCACGUCAUGAAGCUCAGCGGCGGGUUUUUCCUUUGGAUCGGUUCGACUCCGGUGCUGUCCAACCUGGCGGUGUCAAUGAGCAGCAAAUAUGAUUCAAUGCCUUUAUCUACAUUAGUCAUGGGGGACCCAUCCAACACUGCUCCAAAUUCCUUGGCACAGAGAUUAGCAAAGAAGACCAAAAAGCAAGUGUAUGUGAGUUACAGUCUUCCAGUGACAGACUCCAACCUCAGUCUGCUGGUGGAGAACAGGAUCAAAAAGGAGCUGGAGCUUCACCCUGAACACUUUUAAAACACACUUUUGUGUUGAACUGAGGACGUGUAGGGCAACAUAAAGGAGCAGGUGCUUCUCAUUUCUGUUCUGUGGACUAGCUUACUCCUUCCUCCUGUAAUCAACACAAUAACCACAGGCAGCCACAUCAAGUGUUCUUUUAUUGACAUAAUAAAUUAAGUGGUUUAUUAUCAAAACAUGUAGGCCUAUGGCUUUUUGUACAAAUGCAUCAUAUUAAAAAAAUAACACUUAGAAAACA